GGUGGUUGCGAGCGAGAGGGAAAGUUCCAGGCGCUACCGACCUUGCCGGCUUCGAGCCUGCAGCAGAGCAGGUGCUGCUGCCAGCCCGGGCUGAGGGGCAGGGCAGCGGCCGCUGCCAGCGCACGGCCCGGGCACGGCACCGCGGCCGCGGCCGCUCCUCGGGGCAGGGCGGGACCCGCCCCGCGCGUGCGCAGCGGGAGCAGCGGCCAUGGCGCGGCCGGGCCGGGCCGGCCUCAAGGAGCAGCGCUACGACCGCCAGCUCAGACUGUGGGGUGACCAUGGCCAGGAAGCAUUGGAAUCUGCCCAUGUUUGCGUGAUAAAUGCAACAGCAACAGGAACUGAAAUACUCAAAAACUUGGUGCUGCCAGGUAUUGGUUCGUUUACAAUUGUCGAUGGGAAUCGAGUCUCUGGAGAAGAUGUUGGAAAUAAUUUCUUUCUACAAAAAAGCCAUAUUGGUCAGAAUCGUGCGCAGAGUGCCAUGGAGCUCUUGCAGGAAUUGAAUAGUGAUGUUUCCGGAAACUUUGUUGAAGAGAGUCCAGAAAAGCUUUUAGACAAUGACCCUUCCUUUUUUAAUCGGUUUAACUUAGUGGUUGCAACACAACUGCCAGAAAGUACAUUGUUGCGCCUGGCUGAAGUUCUCUGGAAUUCCAGCAUUCCUCUGCUGGUCUGCAGGACCUAUGGACUGGUUGGUUACAUGAGAGUCGUGAUUAAAGAACAUACAGUUGUUGAAUCUCACCCUGACAAUAUGUUAGAAGAUCUGAGACUGGACAAACCAUUUCCAGAACUGACAGAACACGUUCAGGAUUACGACUUGGAGCAUAUGGACAAAAAGGACCACAGCCACACCCCAUGGAUUGUGAUUGUAGCCAAGUAUCUCACAAAAUGGUUCAAUGAGAAAAGUGAACAGUUGCCUAAGAGUUACAAAGAGAAAGAAGCCUUCAAAGAACUGAUUCGGCAAGGUAUCUUAAAGAACGAAAAUGGCACCCCAGAAGAUGAGGAAAACUUUGAGGAAGCUAUAAAAAAUGUGAAUACGGCAUUAAAUCGUACAGAGAUUCCAAGAGGCAUCCAAGAGCUUUUUAAUGAUGAUUGCUGUCUAAAACUAACAGAACAGUCAUCUUCCUUCUGGAUUUUGGUUCGAGCUUUAAAGGAAUUUGUGGCAAAUGAAGGGCAAGGAAGCUUGCCUGUCCGGGGUACCAUUCCUGAUAUGAUGGCAGACUCCAGUAAAUUCAUCAAAUUGCAAAAUGUAUACCGUGAAAAAGCAAAGAAGGAUACUGCUGCUGUGGGGAGCCAUGCUGCUAAAUUGUUACAGUCCCUGGGCAAGGCCCCUGAGUCUAUUUCAGAGAGAGAAUUGAAAUUGUUCUGCAGCAAUGCCGCCUUCCUGCGCGUGGUGCGCUGCCGCUCGCUGGCUGAGGAGCACAGCCCCAACUCCUGCAGCAGGGAUGCAAUCAUUUCCCAUAUGGAUAACCCAGACAGUGAAAUAGUGCUGUAUUUGAUGCUGAGGGCUGUCAAUAGGUUUUACAAGCAGCAUGGCAGAUACCCAGGUGUCUACAACUACCAGGUGGAAGAUGAUAUUGGAAAGCUAAAAUCAUGCCUUACUGGUUUCCUUCAAGAACAUGGGCUGUCUGUAGUGGUGAAAGAUGACUAUGUGCACGAGUUUUGUCGCUACGGAGCUGCCGAGCCUCACGCUGUUGCUGCCUUCAUGGGAGGAGCUGCUGCACAGGAAGUUAUCAAAGUCAUUACAGGGCAGUUUGUAAUUUUUAAUAACACCUUUAUUUACAGUGGAAUGUCACAGACUUCAGCAACUUUCCAGCUGUAGGAUAAGCUCUUGAGUUUGAUGCCUCCAGGCACUGCUGCUGCUGCUGUAUUUACAGUUUUUACAAUAUUUACAUUUCUGUAAAUACUGUGGUGUUCUGCCACUGACUGGACAGUUCUGUUCUGUAUUACCUGCCAAUUAAAGUUUCUUUAUUUGUAAUUAUCUUCUUUUUGUUGUUGUUGUUUCCUGAGGAAAAAUAAAAUCAUACUAUAUCCUGA